AUGUUAUGUGACAUUUUUGGCUUCACUGGAUGUGAAUCAGUAUUGGGAAAUGUGCAUGCAGCAUUUUUGGAUAAGUUUUUCGUGACGUUGGAACUUGCGUUGCCAUCAACGCUUCCAUUUUGUGAAUUUUGUUUGGGUUGCUUUUUAAAUAAAGUGGAUGGGUUUUUAAACGAAUUCUGA